GCGUUCUGAUCUGGACAUGGUCGUGAGAGCGGUGGCGUCUCAAUAAAUCCUCCUGCGUUUUUGUUAUUAAAUUGUGUUUAACCAUCACUGAAUUCACAAUAGGGGAGUGUUUUCUAGGGCUGACACCAUGGGGAAAAAAGAUAAGAGUGAUCGAGAUAAAAAGUCCAAGAAACGUUAUUAUGAUGAGGAAGAGGAUGAUGAAGAGGUGAUGGGCAGUGAGUCUCAGGAGGCUGUUCCAGCAGCUGCUGGGAAGCAGGUGGAUGAAUCCAGCACUAAACUGGAUGAGUAUGGAGCCAAAGACUACAGACUACAGAUGCUUCUCAAGAAUGAUCACUCUUCCCGGCCCCUAUGGGUGGCUCCAGAUGGUCACAUCUUCCUAGAGGCUUUCUCUCCCGUGUAUAAAUAUGCUCAGGACUUCCUGGUGGCCAUAUCGGAGCCGGUGUGCAGACCUACCCAUGCGCACGAGUACAAGCUGACGGCUUAUUCUCUAUACGCCGCUGUGAGCGUCGGCCUGCAGACCUCUGACAUCAUAGAGUACCUGCAGAAACUCAGCAAGACCUCUGUGCCAGACGGCAUAGUGCAGUUUAUUAAGCUGUGCACAGUGAGCUACGGGAAAGUCAAACUAGUCCUGAAGCACAACAGGUACUUUGUGGAGAGUGCUUUCCCUGAUGUCAUUCAGAGGCUCUUACAGGACUCUGUGAUUCGGGACUGUCGUCUUCGGUCUGCUGAGGGUGAGGAGACUGAGCUCAUCACUGAAACCAUCUCUAGUAAACCAGCAAUCUCAAAGUCUCAGCAGGACAAUGGUGGUCCAUCCACCUCCCAGCCUUCAGAUGGGCAGCGCACAGGAAAUCAAGUGCCAGAGGACAUCUUCAGUUACUACGAACAGAUGGAUAAAGAGGAGGAGGAGGAGGAAGAGACACAAACAGUGUCAUUCGAGAUCCGUCAGGAAAUGAUAGAGGAGCUUCAGAAGCGUUGCAUUCAGUUGGAGUAUCCCCUCCUGGCCGAGUAUGACUUCCGUAACGACACGGUGAACCCAGACAUCAACAUGGACCUGAAGCCCACCGCUGUGCUGAGACCAUAUCAGGAAAAGAGUCUGAGGAAGAUGUUUGGGAACGGCAGAGCUCGAUCUGGAGUCAUCGUACUGCCUUGUGGUGCUGGUAAGUCACUGGUGGGCGUCACGGCUGCCUGCACAGUGCGUAAACGCUGUCUAGUGUUGGGAAACUCCUCUGUGUCAGUGGAACAGUGGAAGGCUCAGUUUAAGAUGUGGUCCACCAUUGAUGACUCCCAGAUCUGCCGUUUCACUUCAGACGCAAAAGACAAGCCCAUCGGUUGCUCAGUGGCCAUUAGCACCUAUUCUAUGCUGGGCCACACCACCAAACGCUCAUGGGAGGCUGAGAGGGUCAUGGAGUGGAUGAAAAGUCAGGAGUGGGGGCUCAUUAUACUAGAUGAGGUGCACACAAUCCCAGCAAAGAUGUUCCGUCGUGUUCUGACGAUAGUCCAGGCUCACUGUAAACUGGGUCUCACUGCCACACUAGUGAGAGAGGAUGAUAAGAUUGUCGAUCUUAACUUCCUGAUUGGGCCGAAGCUCUAUGAGGCGAACUGGAUGGAACUACAGAACAGUGGUUACAUUGCUAAAGUCCAGUGUGCUGAGGUAUGGUGUCCCAUGUCUCCUGAGUUUUAUCGGGAAUAUGUGGCCAUAAAGUCGAAGAAGAGAAUUCUGCUCUACACCAUGAAUCCCAACAAGUUCCGUGCAUGUCAGUUCCUGAUCCGCUUCCACGAGCGGAGAAACGACAAGAUCAUCGUCUUUGCCGACAACGUCUUCGCUCUGAAAGAAUAUGCCAUCCGCCUGAACAAUUUUUUGCAGUCCUAUUUAGCAGGUUUGAUUGGCUGUCUUCCUCUUCUUCAAUCUUCCUCUUCCAUUCUUAUGCUUUCUCUUGUUUUCUUCUUCUGUCAGGUAGGAGAUACGUCAUUUGACCUGCCAGAGGCAAACGUGCUAAUCCAGAUCUCCUCUCACGGCGGUUCUCGUCGUCAAGAAGCUCAGAGACUGGGCAGAGUGCUGCGAGCCAAGAAAGGUAUGGUUGCAGAGGAAUACAAUGCUUACUUCUACUCACUGGUCUCUCAGGACACACAGGAAAUGGCUUAUUCCACCAAGAGACAGCGCUUCCUGGUGGACCAGGGAUACAGUUUCAAGGUGAUCACAAAGUUGGCUGGGAUGGAGGAGGAAGACUUGAUGUUUUCCUCUCGUGAGGAACAGCAGCAGCUCUUGCAGAAGGUUCUGGCAGCAUCUGAUCUUGACGCAGAAGAGGAAGUUGUGAUGGGAGAAGUGGGAGGGAAGCCGCAGUUUUCUCGUCGUAUGGGAACUAUGAGCUCCAUGUCUGGUGCAGAUGAUACAGUCUACAUGGAAUACCAGACGUCCCGCAGUAGCAAGUCUUCAGCCAGCAAGAAUGUCCAUCCUCUGUUUAAACGCUUCCGCAAGUGAACUCACUCACGGCCCGGUGAUGCACUGUCAGCAUCUAGAGACACCAGGCCCAAACAACGCACUUCCUGGGACGGCCAGCAUCUUAAUAAAAUACAAUUCAUGGCUGUUUGUCUCAGACAGAGCCAUUUAAAGACAGCGAGAAUUAAGCAAAACUGCUGUCAUUUCAGAAAGAUUCAAGAAUCUAAUAUGUAUAGUACAUUAUAGUAUAGUAUUAUAAACAGGAUGUAAUGUAAUUAUUAUUUUUGAAUUUGUUGUGAGAAACUGAACUGUAAAGCCAAACCUGUUUUUG